UUUUUACAUUGGUUCCACUGUUUUAUUCUGCCUCGUUGCUAGGGCCUCCUCUUUCGUCACUAUUUUCCCGCCAUGGCAGCAGCAGCAGCACCCGUGGAGGUCGACUCAGGAAAUGGUGUACUCCAGAGGAAACAGUCCAUAUAUAAAUCCAUGGAUGAGAGCUUUGAGAUACAGAAGGAGAUGUACAGAGGUCAACAGUACAGUCAAAUAUACUUUGCAAGACUUCAUCUUAUGAGAACUCUGCUUUACUCUCUUCUCCCGACCUGGAAACCCCAUUUGCCAAUUUGUACUGUGCUAGGACUGGAAGAAGGAAAGGAAUGCAUUAUUGUCGGAACCCUUUACAAGCACAUGAAGCUCAAACCUUCCAUACUUGAUGAGUAUUCAAAGGAGAGAUCAGCAAGCCCGCUUGUAAAACCCCAUAAUUUUGUGCACUCAGACGAUUAUCUAGUUUUGGAGGAUGAGAGUGGCCGAGUUAAACUCCGUGGAUCUCUUCUUUUACCAUCUGUAUAUGUAACAGGUAUAGUGGUCGCAUUGCAUGGAAAAGAAACUGGGGCAGGAGAUUUUGUGGUCGAAGAUAUCUUGGAAGCUGGCCUUCCUCACCAGAUAGAGCUGCCACUUAAUUCUGGUGAGGAUAAAUAUGUCGUUUUCAUAUCGGGAUUGAGUGUUGGGAGCAGCUCCGCUAAUCCUCUCCAUUUUCAGCUCUUUGUUGACCAUAUAACGGGACAUCUUGGAGAUGAAAAGGAACAAGGCAUUGCAGCUCAAAUUGUUCAAGUUGUCGUCGCUGGGAAUUCUGUUGAAUUUCCUCGUGGGCUUCUUAAUGGUCAGAACUUGGGUUCAAAGGAUCAGUCCAGACUAUCGGAGCCAAUAAAAGAGCUUGAUAUCCUUCUGACUCAGAUUGCUGCAGGAAUAGCUUUAGACAUAAUGCCAGGAACCAGUGACCCUGCAAAUUUCUCUUUGCCACAACAGCCUUUGCACAAAUGCCUUUUUCCUGGAUCAGCAGCUUAUAACACUUUCAGAUCCUGUACUAAUCCUCAUUCAUUCGAGCUAGACAAUGUGAGGUUUCUUGGAACAUCAGGUCAGAACAUCGACGAUCUUGCAAAGUAUUCUGAUGCAAAAAGCAAACUUGAAUUCAUGGAAAGGACAUUGAGAUGGAGGCACCUAGCACCAACAGCUCCAAAUACUCUAGGGUGUUAUCCUUUUACCGAUAGAGAUCCAUUUUUCAUUGAGAAGUGUCCUCAUGUCUACUUUGUUGGUAAUCAAGAGAAAUACGAGUCUAGCUUGAUUAAGGGAUCGGAUGGGCAGGUGGUAAGACUUAUUUGCAUUCCUAGAUUUGCUGAAACAGGAACUGCUGUUGUGUUGAACUUGAGGAACCUUGAAUGCCAUGCUCUCAGUUUUGGGACUCAAUUCAGUUCAUAAGUAGAAGGUUUGGGAGCUGUACAAACAAAAAUUGGAGCUGGGAUUAAGAAGCUAGGUUUUGACGUAUUCAGGCAUUUUCCUCUCUUGUUCCCAAGAAGCAACUGUUUGUAACAGUUGGAGCGAACAACAGUAAGGGGGUCAAGUUAAGGGCAUGUCUGCAGCAGUUUCUACUGCGGAGAUUCUUAAUGUACCAAUUAUUGUACAUUCACAAAAUGUUCACUAGUUUUGUUCUCUAAUUCCUUCUGUACCACUAGAAAUGAACAUAUCUGUUAUACUUGUGCUAAUUGAAAGUUAUGCUGUUUUCGAUC